AUGUUACAAAUAGAACAAAACAAUUUAUUAAUUGAAAAAACUUUAACUGAAAGAUUGAGUCCAGACAUUGCAUUGAAGUCAUUGGACAGAAUUGUUUCUGAUUUUGAUUUCACUACUUUCCAUUUACUGACUUUACCAGGAGAGAAACAAUUUUUAAUGAUUUCCAUAACUACAAGAUGUUGGUCUGAUUUAGAUAAACAUGGAGUUGUUAAAUAUCUUGAAAGUAAAUAUUCUCCAUUUAGUGAAGUUUUAACUAUUUUAUCUUCUAAUGAUGUUGAACCAGGAUAUAAUUAUUCAUUAGUUUUAGAUACUACUAAAGCUAGUCAACAAAGUGAAGAAUUCAAAUCAAGUUUGAUUAAUGAAUUAUCUAAUUUGAAAAGAAAUGCAUUGGCAGCACCUUUUGAACAAGCAUUUAAUAGAUAUGAUGAAUUACUGAAGAAAUAUGCUAAUAGUAAUACUUAUGCUGAAGAAGUUCAACAAGAAUUAUACAAUGAACCAGUAUUUGUUAUCAAAUAUAGAGGUAAUGAUGAAUCAAUUUAUUUAAAACCAUCAUUUGAUAGAGUUACUGUCAUUUUCUCAACUGUUUUCCAAGAUGAAACUGAUAAGAUUUUUGGAAAAGUUUUCUUACAAGAAUUUGUGGAUGCUAGAAAAAGAUCAGUACAAACAGCUCCUCAAGUAUUAUAUUCCCAACUGGAACCACCAUUGGAUAUUCAAAGUGUUGUUCAACUGUCAGGUAAAGAUGACAAUAAAGGUUAUAUUACUUUUGUGUUGUUCCCACGUCAUUUAACUAUAAACAAAAGAGAAAAUUGUAUUUCUCAUAUCGAAUUAUUUAGAAGUUAUUUCCAUUAUCAUAUUAAAUGUUCUAAAGCUUAUAUGCAUUCUAGAAUGAGAUUUAGAACUAAGGAAUAUUUGAAGAUUUUGAAUCGUGCUAAACCAGAGAAUUUGGAUGAUGAAGGUAAAGUAAUUGAAAACAGAAAAACCGCCAGUGGUAGAAGAUUUGACAUUAGAGCAUAG